GAACUGAUUCGAGGCGAUGCCUAGGUGCGGACCAACGACCAAUGUCUUCUCCGUAAUCCCUAUUAAACACCAAUUCAAGUAGUCAAGGAGGAGAAGGGGAACUUUACAAGAAACCAGAAUUUCAUUAAUUACCGAUUUCUCACCCCUCUCCCUCAAUUCCAGAUCAUCACUCCGUCUCCGGGAGACAACACAGCCACCGGAGUUUUAGCGAAGUGGUUUUCAGAUUCUAUAAAGCAACAUAUAUUGCUCUUUCUUUCUUUCUUUCUGGUUAAUUUUUUGUUUAGAAUGGGGAAUGCUUUCGUCAAGAAACCCAAGAUCACAGAGGUUGAUAAGGCAAUCCUUUCUCUCAAAACCCAACGGCGCAAGCUUGCCCAAUAUCAGCAGCAGCUGGAGAAGGUAAUUGAGGCUGAAAAGCAAGCUGCCAAGGACUUACUGCGCGAUAAGAAGAAGGAUAGGGCCCUGUUGGCAUUGAAAAAGAAGAAAGCACAGGAAGAAUUAUUGAAGCAAGUUGAUUCUUGGAUGAUAAAUGUUGAGCAGCAAUUGGCAGAUAUUGAAUUAUCUAGCAAGCAGAAGGCUGUAUUUGAGAGUCUGAAAACAGGGAAUAAUGCAAUCAAAGCAAUACAAAGUGAGGUUAAUCUGGAUGAUGUCCAAAAACUAAUGGAUGAUACUGCUGAGGCUAAAGCUUAUCAAGAUGAGAUCAAUGCAAUUUUGGGGGAGAAGCUAUCGGCUGAAGAUGAAGAGGAAAUUCUAGCAGAGUUUGAGAAUCUAGAAUCUCAGUUAAUCGAUCAAGACCUGCCAAAUGUUCCUGCUUCAUUACCAUCUGGUGAGAAAGAAGAGAAACUGGAUCUUCCUGAUGUACCAACCAAAGCACCAGUCAUUUCUGACGCUAUCUCGGAUGAUGAUGCUUCAACUGGGGUUUCCACGAAGAAGAAAGUUAUGGAGGAACCAUUGCCUGCUUGAGGUGGAUCAAUCUGUGGCAUUAAUGAGCAUGCAAUGCCAGAAUUUUACGCGUCACGAAAGCCUCCUUGAAGCAACUACUCUUGCUAAAUGCAUAUUCAGUUGUGUUCCUUCUGUAUAAUUUCAAUACAAACAGAUUCCUGGGACUUGGAGAGAUUCUAGACCUACCUAUUUGUGACAAUUCAAUGUUCACUGUCAGAAUUGUACAGCAGAAUUUCACUCUUUGCCUGCAUCCACAACUAGUAGAAAACUAGAAAAUGUAUACAUGUGUGCAAAUUCUUUGAACUCAUUCUCUUUUAUACACUAUAUCAUAAGAGUUUUUCAUGAUGCCAUAUUUUAAAAAAGAAAA